CUGGGAUGUUGAAGGAUGCAGCCACAACGUGCACUUUCUCUCCCCUCUAUUCUAGGCACAAAGUGUUUAACUUACUGGCUUCAAAGGAGAAGGUGAGACCGGAGCCGGCCAGGACUGAAGGGCUGCUGUCCAGCGUCUCCCUGUUCAAGGUCACUCCAAAGAGCAGAUGGAGUUAGAAAAGAUCCUGGUCCUUUGGGGCUGUUUCCUCUUGUGGAACCCACUCAUCCAAUCAACUCAGAUUUACCCGGGGAUCAAAGUGAGGAUCACUCAGAAGGGCCUGGACUACGGUAUUCAGGCGGGCAUGGAAGCAAUUGAGCUAAUAGUGAAGAAGAAUGGCAUUCCUGAUUUCAAAGGCUCCGAAUCUCUUGAAUUUUUAAAAGUUGACUACGUUGACUAUAAUUUUUCAAACAUAAAAAUCAAUACCUUCUCAUUUCCAAAUAUUUCAUUAACCCCUGUGUCUGGAACUGGAGUUAAAGUAUUAAACAACCAUGGUUUAACCAACAUCAGCAUGGGAUGGGAAAUAACAUCUCCUCUUUUCAAAGAUGAAGGAGCAGCUGCUCUCUUUCUAGAUGAGAUCUUUUUCUCGGGCCUCAUUAACCUGUCCCGGAGUGACACAGGCCACCCGAUCAUGAAGCUGGAAGAUUGCUAUGUUCGAGUUGGGCAUGCCCACAUCUCAUUUUCAGGAGAACUCAGUGUCCUAUAUAACUCCUUUGCUGAGCCCAUGGAGAAACCUAUUCUGAAGACCUUGAAUAAGAAGCUAUGUCCAAUUAUCAUGGAUCAACUUGAAGAUAUAAAUGCCAAUAUUAGCUCUCUAGAAGUUGUAACCAAGUUUGGUGAGGACAUCUUGCUAGAUUACUCCCUUUUGGAGGCUCCAGAAAUCACCCAGUCAUCCAUUGACCUGAAUUUGAAGGGCACAUUCUACCCAGUGGGGAAUCUUACUGAUCCUCCCUUCCAACCCGUUCCAUUCGCACUCCCGAACCGCAGUGAUUCUAUGCUUUACAUUGGAAUCUCAGAGUAUUUCCUUAAGUCAGCAUCAUUCACUUAUUUCAUCACUGGGGCUUUUGAUAUCACCCUGACCACAAAAGAGCUAUCCAAGCAUCUAAUUCAAAACUCCGAGGGCAUUGGGAGUCUGUUUUCUCAGAUUGCAGAACUAUAUAUUAUGAGCCAGCCACUGAUGAUGAGGGUUCUGACCACUGAACCCCCAAUGGUCAGUUUGGAACCAAACAAUUUUACCCUUGACAUCCCUGGUGCAGUCGUGAUGAUGACCAAACCCGAAAAUGCCACUGAGGAAGCUAUUGUCUCCAUGGAUUUUGUGGCCAGUACCAGUGUUGGCCUGCUUAUUUUGGGGAAAAAGUUGAUCUGCUCCUUAUCUCUGAACAGGUUCCGUCUCUCUGGGCCAGAGUCUAAUCGCAGCUCCAUAGAGGUCCUGAGAUUUGAGAACAUUCUCUCCUCAAUCCUUCACUUUGGAGUCUUUCCAUUAGCCAAUGCCAGAUUACAGCAAGGCUUCCCACUGCCUAACCCACAUCAGAUCUCUCUUGUCAAUUCUGACAUUGAAGUUCACAAGGGUUUCCUCCUGAUUUCUACUGACCUCAAGUAUGACCCUUUGUGGAAGAAACAGCAUUUUGGUGGCUAGAAGAGUCUGCGCACCCGCCGGCCAAGGAUGCUGACAGCACACCCCGCCUGGCUCCUGGAUUGAUUGUCUUUAAUAAGAACAGGAGACAAAUGAUCCUGACCCCCCACCAAGAUUACUGCGCCCUCAAGGCCAGAAGACAAGGCAAAGACAUACAUGGAAAUGAGAACUGAAAUGGUUUCCUUCCUAGCUUUAAGGGCACUAAAGAAAAAAGGGGGUGGGGAGCUUGCAGUGGCACGUGUAUGUAUGUGUGACUGUGAGUACCGAGUGCAUGCAGAUGUCAGUUGCUGGGGCCACGAGGCAGGUUUAUCACACGUGUACAGAGGGUGAGAAAGUGUUGGGAAUCCGUCUGUGAGCUGCAAGGCUUCCUUUGCUUUGUCCCCACUGCAUUUAGCAUUUUA